AUGGCAAUAGUAGAAAGACCUGUAAAAGAACUAACAAAAAGGCAAAAAUAUGACAAAGAUAAUAAUACAAAAAAGAAAAACCUUAUUGAUGCUCAAAAAGCUGAAAUAUACUAUUUAAAACAAAAAGAA